AUGUCCGCGAACAGUCAUCAGCCACCAGGCAUGGCCUCCUGGAUGGACAGACUGUCCAGAGCCGAACGGAUACCGUUCCCAGAUCUCAGCACUGUCUCCAGUCCGCCGGUGAAAUGUCUGAUAGCACACUACGCCCAGCUAACAGGCUGCCGAGAAGAGUCGCUAUUCGUUCCUAUGCUAACCUGUUGUGCACAUAUGAUGGGCGUGAACACAACCAUAAAAGUACACGAACAUUGGUGUGAACCUGCCAUUAUUUGGACAAUUUUGUGCGCUCGACGGGGAACCGGAAAGACAGCCAUUUUGAAACAACUUAUUCGACCAAUCCUGAAGCUGCAGUGUGAGCACGAGCGCCAAUGGCAUUUGACACGCCCAUCAGCCAAUCAGGGAGGGACUAGCGGUAGCCCUUCACCACCCAAGCUCCUGGCCGGUCCGACGUCCAUUACAGAAUUGUACCAUAUAUUGGAGAAAAAUGGCGGUCAGAUGCUGACGCUAGAAGAAAACUUAGAAGGCCUCCAUAAGCGACUCCUUACAAAUACUGACUGUACUGCUUUAGAAGGCGAAGAGCUACAUAAUCUCUAUGACGCCAUGCCGAAAUUUUCCUCCAAAGAUGGCGAGGUUAGCAUUAUGACAACAACGUGCUACAACCACACAGCCAUGACGACGCCUCAGUACUUGAUGGAGUUGUUUUAUAAUCCAAGGUUGUUGUUGUACGACCGUUAUCUGAUCGCCUGUCCCAGUGAUUUGGCCGGUCAAUCUAAACCCCAGGCUUCUAUCACUUUUUUGCCUAGUCCCAGUCCACCGACCAUAAAAGCGAUUUUCCAGACGUUGUACAUGUUUCAUCGACAGCCAAGAGAGUACGUCUUCAGUCCUGAAGCGUUAGUGGAGCUCAACCAUUUUAAAGAAAAAGAACUUGCGAGCAUAAAAUCACAAUUUGACAACGCCGAUGCUGCCCAAUGUGUUAUUGACAAAAGUCUCGGUCAGGCAGUUCGAAUUGCUGGCAUACUCAAGGCUUUAACAACCGCCUGUGUUUUCGCCACUCAAGCCACCGGUCUACAGUUCCUCAAAUGGGACAUGACCGUCGAUAAAGACGCAUUUUUGAUGGCCAUUCGCAUUCAGAAAUACUUUUUGGAGCAGAAAUUGGUUUUGUUACAUAACGUGUCCAUGUUGGUGGACGCUUCUAGUCCAUGUCUUCCGUCGACGUCCUUUCAAGUACAGUCAACAUCGCAGUCGCCAUUAACCGAAUCGCCAAUGACGUCAUUUCCGGAAAUUAGAUCUCCAACACUACCCGACUGUCACGAGUCGUUUGUACCGGACUUUAUGUCAAUGAGUCCCCCUCAGUUUGUUGUCAAUUUCACCAAUAAAAUCCGUCGUCUGCUGGAAUACGCUGACGAUGGGAAUGGGAUCCCAGCCUCUGUGGCAGCGCAAUAUUCCAUCCCUCCCAUAGUGCACAUACCCGGAAGCUCCAACAGGAAGCCAUCUUGGGUCGCCGAACUGUUCUUCAAAAAAGUUGCAGACCUGGGCAUCGGUCGCCUUUGCUACAUAAAACACCACGCAAACCGCAAGUAUUAUCUGCGUUUUCGUAGAAAGAGACCAGAAGAACUAACUGACGCUGACAGAAAAUUGCUCGCUAGCGUACGAGUCAAUAUGGACCUUUACUGUAGAAUCGGUAGCGAUAGCUUGCCCUCGGAAGUGGUGCUGUCCCAUGCUGAUGACGAGUUAUCUCCCUUCCUUAGCACCAUACCUUUCACGGAGACUGCCUCCACAUCAUACGCCGAGCAGGCGGUUUAUCCGGACAGGUAUAUCCAGACCCAGGGACAACAGGCUGUCUUGGGAGUGAAGAGAGAACGAGAGUCCGACGCGGAAGAAGACAAUCCCCAUAGCUCUGGAACUUGAAACACAGAAUAUUGCAAACGAGGUACAUU